AUGUUCCGGCGUGAGACGGAGGUGCUGUUUCUCGCCGCCAUGAGGUGCCACAACGUCUGCAAGGUCUACGGCACGACGAUCAAGGACGGGAAACUUUGCAUCGUAAUGCGACUGUACCGUCAGAGCCUUCAGGACCUGAUCCAACAGCAACCGCGGAGAAGUCUUGGAGCAAAGCUCGUGAAGAAGUACGCUGCUGAGAUCUGCAAGGCGGUGGCAGAGCUUCACGAGCAGAACAUCGUGUUGCAGGACUUGAAGCCUGCUAACAUUCUCUUGGAUGACCUCGAUCACUGCGUGGUCGCUGACUUCGGCAUAUCCAAGAUCCUGCAAGAGAACUCCCUGCACAUGCCUUCAAACGUGCAAGGAACUUUCAACUACAUGAGCCCCGAAGCCUUCGACCCCGAGAGGUUCUGCGGCAUCUCGUCCAAGGCGGAUUCAUGGAGCUUCGCCUGCACGUUGAUCGAGAUGAUCUCAGGCGACCGGCCGUGGCAGGACGUCAAGAUGGCGAAGAUCAUAUCCUGCGUGCUUGAGGGAGCGAUUCCCCCUCUCCCCUCGGGCCUCCCUCCCGCCAUCCACAGGAUGUUGCUCGCUUGCUUCAGCUACGAACCUUCCUCCCGCCCUACCUUUGCUGACAUG